AAGUGGCGACGGGGGGAGCUAGAGGCUCACAGUGAGCCUGGGACGGGGGCAGAGCGCGCUGACUGCACUGAGCCGAGCUGUGGCGGUCCCUGCGCGGACCCCGAAGGGCGCCCGCUGCCCGCGGAGUCCGGAGCCGAUCGAGGAACGGGGUGGUGGGGUUGCGGUAGGCUGGAGCGCGGAGAGGGCGCGGCGCCUGGGCCCUGCGGGCGGGGCACGGGAUUCCCUGGGUCCGGGCUAGGAAGAGCGCAAUCUCCUUUCCUGGGGAGACCCUAACUCCUGGAACCCGGCUUGAGGGGGAUCCCUGCUGUCCAGCUGCGGUCCCCGCAGUGACCAGGCGAGGCGCUGGCAUCCUGGCACUAUCGCCAGGCGCCCAGGCUGAACGCGCGGCCACCCUCGGCCGCCGCACCCAGCGCGCUUCCCCGCGCGAUUCCUGGACGCUCACUGCAGGGUAGUGGUCAGGGCCGGAGCCGCCCCGGACUCCUGCGGCCACCUCCACCUUGAAAGCUCGCCCGGCUCGGUUUGGCCUAACAGCCAGUCCGCAACCUACUCACUGCGGCUCUUCGGGGCCCGGGGCCGAGGCUGCCCCUGCUCCCAGCGCGCAGGAGUCCCUCCCAGCGAACCCCUCUUGCGCGCGCCCGCCACCUCCCGCGAGCCGGGGCAGUCCGACCGGGCCCCGCCAGCCCCGGGGCGGCCCCUACCGAAGGGCGGCCUCCCGGCGGAGUGCAGGGUCAUCGGGAGCCCCGGACGGCUUUCCCCAGCUCGCGCUGCACGGACUCGCCCCGGAGCCUCAGUGCGCCUCGGAGAAACGCCUGCCCCAGAAAGGGAGGGGGUGGGGAGAGAGGAAGAAGGGGAGAGUAGGAGCGGGGGCGAAGGAGGGAGGAGGGCAAGAUGGAGCGCGGAAAAGGCGGAGAAAAGGGGCGAGGGAGAGAGGGCAGAAGGCAAAGACAGAAGGGAGCGAGGGAGGGAGUUCCUCGGGCCUGGCCCGUUUCCUAGGGUCAGUCUGGCAGGUCCCUCGCCGGCCCAGGACUGGGCUGGCCAAACCUCACCGCUUGCUCCCGGGCUGGCUUCCAGACCAAGGGCACGCAGAGGUCGGAGCCUGUCCAGAAGCCACACCUGGCCAGGUGGAGAACGAAGGGACUCGGGACUUCCAUGCCAGUGGGAACAUCACAGUGGGAAAAACCGAAAGUGUAUCAAGGUGUCCGAGUGAAGGUCACAGUGAAGGAGCUGCUGCAGCAAAGACGGGCACACCAGGCGGCCUCCGGGGGAACCCGGUCCGGAGGCAGCAGCGUCCGCCUUUCAGACCCAGUUGCACCAUCUUCUGCAGGACUGUAUUUUGAGCCUGAACCAAUUUCUUCCACGCCCAAUUAUUUUCAACGGGGAGAAUUUUCCAGUUGUGUUUCAUGUGAAGAAAACUCAAGCUGCCUCGACCAGAUCUUUGAUUCCUACCUUCAGACAGAGAUGCACCCGGAGCCUUUGCUCAAUUCCACACGAAGUGCUCCACACCAUUUCCCAGACAGCUUCCAGGCCACCCCUUUCUGCUUUAACCAGAGCCUGAUCCCGGGAUCACCUUCAAAUUCCUCCAUUCUCUCUGGAUCCUUAGACUACAGUUACUCACCAGUUCAGCUGCCUUCAUAUGCUCCAGAGAAUUACAAUUCCCCUGCUUCUCUGGACACCAGAGCCUGUGGCUACCCCCCAGAAGACCAUUCCUACCAUCACUUGUCCUCACACGCCCAGUACAGCUGCUUCUCCUCGGCCACCACCUCCAUCUGCUACUGCGCAUCGUGUGAGGCAGAGGACUUGGAUGCUCUCCAGGCAGCAGAGUACUUCUAUCCGAGCACAGACUGUGUGGACUUUGCCCCCUCAGCAGCUGCCACCAGUGAUUUCUAUAAGAGGGAAACAAACUGUGACAUCUGCUAUAGUUAAUAGAAAUUACAGUAAUUCAGAACAUGGCAUGGGUAUAUGUAUUUUUCUACCACGUCUAGAUGACACUGCAAAAUAUGCAACUUGGUAACACAAUACCCCAAGCACAGUUUACAUGUCACUAUUUCCAAUUUUCUGAUGCUAGGCAUUCAUAUGAAGUACUCAGACCCGGUCAUAGUGCCACUCCUACUUUGUAUGCUCAUAGUUUAAAUUUUUGUAGGAAACUUUCAAUUGUUUUACUUUUUGUGUAACGAACAAAUGCUCUCUCCUUUUUUACUAAUAAAUAAUUUUGU